CUGAUUGGUUCAUCGUUUCCUAUAGUGCUGUUAAAAUAAAUUGCCAUCAUUAUUUUUUGAUAAAUGAUUACUACACUAAAAUUUUAUUUAAUGGUUUUUUAAGUAAUGUACUAUUUUAAUAUUCUAAAACAACACUGAUUAUUCAAUUCUAUGUUUGAACUAAAAAAUUAAAAUACUAGCCAUUGCAAACUACUACUAUCAGUUUUAUUAAUAUCUUAAAUAAAUUAUAAAUAAAUUAUAACUUAUAAUCAUCGUACCUGUCUGCCUGUAAUAAAACUGAUCCGAGAAACCCAUCAAUGUACUUAAAUAAACUCCAGUUUGUGAUUUAUUUGCUUGCGCCAACGAUCGAUCUGACAUCUAGCGGUAUUAGCGUGAACUACAUAAUGGCGACUACUAUGGGUAUAAUGCAAGUCUGUGGUCAGUAAGAAUUAAAAAGUGUUUAACCUACAAUAAUAAAUAAUAAGUAUUGCUGUGUAUUUGGAUGUACGUCUAAAGGUACAUCAAACUCAGUACAUAUGCACACAUUUCCAAAAGAUAAAUUAAUGAGAAAAAAGUGGGAAAUAAAACUGAUGUUAGGAAAGCAAUCAACGAAAUCUACGUACAUUUGCAGUUUGCAUUUUGACAAUGAUGAUUACUAUUUGCCAGGUAAUAACAACAUUUCUUAUAAGUAUAUUUUACCUAUUGUCACAUAUGGUACUUACAUUUUUAUAGGUUUACCAUGUGCUCGUCAUUAUUUAAAACCUAAUUCGUAUCCAACUAAAAACAUACCGAUAAGGAAGUUUGAUAUAAGCACCUCAAAACAGAUUUCUGAGCAAAGGUCCAUUCUUGCCCAAAAAAGACAAUUAAGAAACAAACCUUUAUUCCGUAUUUCUUUUCAUAUUUGAACUAUUGCAGUCACCAGAAGUAAUAAAAGCUUUAUAAUUUGUCAGAUUCAUUUCUUUAAUAACGCUAUGCCAAAACAAGAUCUUAUAAUGAUUGAAAUCAAAAAAUUUUUAGGUUUGGAACCGGAAAAUAAGAAAACUUUCAUCAAGGAAAAAUCUCCAUAUCAACCUAAUAAUGACACUAAUAUUUUGGAACUGUCACAGCCCAGUACAUCCUGGUCUAAAUCAUGUAUUGACUGCUGUGCAUGUACAGAUCAACAAAUGAUGUCAUAUCUUUAUCCUCCUCUAUUUGUGAUAUCAGUAUCACAAACAGAAAAAGAUGCAGCAAUGGCACUCUUAAGUUAAGUGAAAAAUCCAACAUUCAGGAGGAGAGGGAUAUUUUAAUGGAAAAAGGAAUUCAAGUGAAUACAUUUUUAGAUUCAACCUUAAAAUUUACUGUGUUUGACUUAAUAAAAUCAAACAAUGAAUUGAAUAUUCUCACAGGUUUAAACAGUUUUAAAAUGCUUGAUACCAUCUCUGCCUGUGUUAGUGAGUUGCAGUCCAACAAUACUGCCUGUAAGCCUACUACAUUAUCUACUAAAGUCAAAAUUGUUCUUGUUAUGAUGCAGGUAAAACUAGCUUUGUCCUUUGCUUGUGUUUCAGUUUUAUUUCAAAUUUUCAUAUCAUGUAGAAGAAUAUUUUUCAAUAUUAUUGCUUAUCUGAGUCAAGUAUUAGGUGCUGUGAUUGUGUGGCCUUCCAAAGAAGAGAUAAUGAAAAACUUACCUUUGUGCUUUCAAAAAUACAGGAAAGUUUGUUUGAUUUUGGACUGCACUGAAGUUUUGGUUGAAAAACCAAAGUAUAUUAGUUGUAGAAUAUUAACUUACUUUCAUUACUAUGGUAAACAUACUGUUAAAGUAUUAGUUGGAAUUGUCCCAUCUGGACUUCCUCCCAGAGAUGGUUUAGAAACUCUUCUCUACCAUCCCUGGGAUCUGAACGCCCACCCACGUGUUUGCCGUGCGUGGUGUCUCGUAUGCCGGAAAGGAGGAUCCUGGUAGUUGAGGGGCAACAUAACGUUCCCAACACACUGCUUCGGCCCCUGCUUCGGAUAAACGGGAGGCUCAAAUCAGGCUCCGUUUGAGUCAAUCGGCUGGUUGUUGAGUCAUUCUUGA